AUGGCUGCUCCUGAGAUUAAUCAGAUUGCACAGGUGCCCUUGACAUGCCAUUCUUUCAGCGCGGACCGCUCUCAGGUCGCCGUGUCUUUGAACAGCAAUGAGGCCCAGAUAUUCACCCGUAGCGGCGGGGAAUGGAAGCCCGGUGAGACUCUCUCUGAGCAUGACAAGAUGAUCACAUCUAUCGAUUGGGCUCCAAGCACAAACCGUAUUGUUACCUGCUCUCAAGACCGUAACGCCUAUGUGUGGGAGCAAAAGCAGGACCCUCAGACCGGCGCGACAGUAUGGAAACCCACCCUGGUCUUGCUUCGCAUCAAUCGUGCUGCGACUUACGUUCGCUGGAGCCCGAAAGAAGACAAGUUUGCAGUUGCCAGUGGUGCCCGGGCAAUUGCUAUUUGCUCCUUCGAUGAAGAGAAUAACUGGUGGGUCGCAAAGCAACUCAAGAAACCCAUCCGUUCCACUGUCCUAGCUGUCGACUGGCACCCCAACAAUGUCUUACUGGCCGCUGGCAGUGCAGACAUGAAGGCACGCGUCUUUUCCGCAUAUAUCAAGGACGUCGACAAGAAACCAGCUGCAACCGUCUGGGGUGAGAAGUUGCCUUUCAACACUGUGUGCGGAGAAUACGGCUCCCCCAGUGGUGGCUGGGUCCACUCAGUCGCCUUUUCUCCCUCAGGUGAUUUCUUGGCCUUUGCGAGUCAUGAUAGUACUAUCACGAUUGUGAACCCUCAAAUUGGGGCGCAAACUAUCCGUAUCUCUACUUUGCCAUAUGUAACGCUUACAUUCGCCUCGGAGUCCUCUCUCGUUGCUGCAGGUCACGACUGCCAGCCUGUUUUGUUCUCCGAUAGCGGGUCAGGUUGGGCGCUCUCCGGGUCACUUGAUGAUAUUACGACCGCCAAGACCCCCGUUGGAUCUCGCGGCGCCAGUGCUGCAGGUCGCCUAAACAACGAAGCCUUCAAUCGUUUCAAGAACGCUGACUCGCGCGGAGCUACCGGACCCCCACCUAUCCCAGGAAGCUCGGCUUCUACUUCCGGCGCCGGUGGAGAACUGCUUACCGUGCAUCAGAAUACGAUCACUAGCGUGCGUGCCUACGAGGGCGAACCAGGAAACGUUACCCGAGUUAGCACUAGCGGUAAAGAUGGUCUCCUAGUGAUCUGGGACGUUGCUGUCAAGACAGGUCCUGGUGGUGCCGGAGUUGUAGGGUUGACAGGUCGCCUGGGUGGUAUGCACCUGCGUUGA